ACGGGGCGCCGGGCACUAGGGGGGCCAUGGAGGGGCUCGGCCGCCGCCUUCGAGCCAGCCUGAGACUGAAGCGCGGCCAUGGGGGACCUCCCCAGAACAAUACGGGGGUUGCUGUAAAAGAGCCAGAAAGGGCCCAGGAGCACUCUCUCUCCACCUUUGCUGUGGGGCAGCACUUCUUUGAAUACCUUCUUGUGGUUUCCCUCAAAAAAAAGCGUUCUGAGGAUGGAUAUGAGCCCACGAUCACAUACCAGUUCCCCAAGCGGGAGAACCUUCUUCGGGGGCAACAGGAGGAGGAAUAGCGGCUGCUCAAUGCCAUCCCCUUGUUCUGCUUCCCAGAUGGGAACGAGUGGGCACCACUCACUGAGUAUCCCAGGGAGACCUUCUCCUUCGUUCUAACCAAUGUGGAUGGGAGCAGGAAGAUUGGCUACUGCAGGCGCCUCUUGCCCGCCGGCCCGGGCCCUCGCCUUCCCAAGGUGUACUGCAUCAUCAGCUGCAUCGGCUGCUUCGGCUUGUUCUCCAAGAUCCUGGAUGAAGUGGAGAAGAGGCAUCAGAUCGCUAUAGCUGUCAUCUACCCGUUCAUGCAGGGCCUCCGGGAGGCAGCCUUCCCUGCUCCUGGGAAGACUGUCACCCUCAAGAGCUUCAUCCCGGACUCAGGCACUGAGUUCAUUUCACUGACACGGCCCCUGGAUUCCCAUCUAGAACACGUGGAUUUUACUUCUCUGUUGCACUGUCUCCGUUGUGAACAGAUUCUUCAGAUCUUUGCCUCUGCAGUGCUGGAGAGAAAGAUCAUCUUCCUGGCAGAAGGUCUCAGCACUCUGUCUCAAUGCAUCCAUGCUGCUGCCGCGCUGCUCUAUCCCUUCAGCUGGGCACACACCUACAUCCCUGUCGUCCCCGAGAGCCUCCUGGCCACCGUCUGCUGCCCCACCCCCUUCAUGGUUGGAGUACAGAUGCGCUUUCGGCAGGAGGUUAUGGACAGCCCCAUGGAAGAGGUCCUGUUGGUGAAUCUUUGUGAAGGAACCUUCCUGAUGUCUGUUGGUGAUGAAAAAGACAUCCUGCCGCCGAAGCUUCAGGAUGACAUCUUACGAUCUCUUGAUCAGGGGAUCGAUAAGUUAGAAACUUUGGAACAAAUCAACGAGCAUGUUUCAAGCCCUUUCGUGCAAUUCUUUGUCAAGACUGUGGGCCAUUAUGCUUCCUAUAUCAAACGGGAAGCAAACGGCCAAGGCCACUUCCAAGAACGGCCCUUCUGUAAGGCUCUGACCUCCAAGGCCAACCGCCGCUUUGUGAAGAAGUUUGUGAAGACUCAGCUCUUCUCCCUUUUCAUCCAGGAAGCCGAAAAGAGCAAAACUCCUCCUGCAGGCUAUUUCCAGCAGAAAAUACUUGAAUAUGAGGAACAGAAGAAACAGAAGAAACCAAGGGAAAAAACUGUGAAAUAGGAGCUAUGGUGAACAGGAAUGACUAGACCUAUAGGCCAGUUCUGGAGUUGGCCCCUGCCAGUGUGGCAAGAUCAGUGAAGCAGACUCCAGGCCUCACACUGGUGUCUGGGACUCCUGGUAUCAGCUUUCUCAGGACUUUGGAGGGCUCCGACGCCAUGUUCACAGAACUGACCUCAAAAACUGCGUUUCUUGCAGAGGUGACUCAGAGUGGGAAACAGUAGUACGGAUGUUGUAGAUGCUUGAUUAGAAGUUGCUGCAAUUGCUUACUUCUGGGAACCACUAUUACAAAGUCCUCAACAGUGAAAGCAGUUGUGGCCCAAAGACUUGGCCCUGCCACACAAACGUGAAGAUGAGAAUAAAGAUGAAAAUCUUAUUGUUUA